AUGUGGCCGCGAGCUGCCAUAUGGAGUCAUCUCCCGCGAUUUCGGAUGAUCUCGUCGCCUCCUGAUUCGUCGGUGGCGCUGCCUGCUCUGGACGAUCGUGGCGUUCCCGCCACGUUCCCGAUCUCACUAGCGUCACCCUUCCGCCAACGACCGCGCCUCUUCCCCCUCUUGCCCCUCGUCCUCCACCUCUGGCUCCACGAGCCGUUGCGCCUCCCCUGGCUCGGUUCUCAGUGCUCCGCCCGCCCUGCUCCGCCUGUGGAGGUUGAUGCUCUCGCGAUUGUGGCGUCUGCCCUUGCAGAAGCCAUCCUAGGAAGGGCCCAGGGGGACGAGGUGCCAGCGUUGCUCCGAGCCGCCCAGGUGUUGGCCGGGCGCGGAGCCUCGCGCUCUUUCCGCGAGCAGCGCGCGCGCCGUCGCGGGUCCCUUGAGGCCGUGUAUCACUCUCCUCCUGGUCGUGCCUCCUUGUUCCUUCCUGCCGCUUCCACAGCCUCAGCUGCCGCAGCAGCAUCAGCAGCCCCCGCCUCCACCCGUCGCUGUUCCUCCUCCGCCUAUUCCGGCGUUGCCACCCCCGCAGGCAUCUCGGCAGCCAGCUCCGGUGCAACCGCUGGUACCACCGGCGCACCCACCACCACCUCCUGCGGCUGCUAUGCCGACGGUCUCGGUGAUGCCUCCAUGGCAGCAGGUAAAGAUGAGCCGUUGCCAGAGGCAACAGCGAUCUCAACAGCCGCCUCCUCCUCUGCGACAGCCUCCGCCCCAACAGGGCUUUGUGCCUCCUCCGGUGCUCGUUCCGCCGACCCCGAGCCUGGUUCCGUAGUUGUUACAGCCGCCACUGGCAUGCCAGCAACAGCCACAGCCGGUUCUUCAGAGCCUUCUUCUCAGGUGCUGCCGGUGUUAUACGGUCCGCCUGCGGAACCUCCGCCUGCUCCUGGUCCCCCUCCCACCGAGUCCCCCGCUGUCCACCCCUUUUCCCAGGGCUCGUACCCACAGCUAUUUCUUGGGGGGCGCAAGAUUCCGAUACCUUGUGAGGCCCUGCCAACUCCCCCGCCGACUUCUGCACCUGCAGCCACCCCUGGCGAGGCAUUUGACUCGCAUUGGAGUCGGUGGGGCGAGUGCACGCCUGUCGAGCGACUUCUCCGUGUCGAGCAGCGCGUAAUGCUCGUGGCGUCUUCUCUGGGCAUGGUGGCGAUGGUGCUUGAUCAGCUGCAGGCAUGCUUGGGCCCGUAA